AUGGGAGUCCGCCGACCCUCGUCCACCGGGUCAUUCAGCGCUAGCACCACAAACAUGCGAAGGAAGUUGUUGCCAUUCAAUCCGGUGGGACGCAGCAGUAUGUUGUGUUCGACGGAAUUCAAUCCUUUGCAAACGUUGGUUUGGAACGCAACCUCGGGAUUUUAUGACGUUCCAGACAACACGAUCAACACUACGAAUACUACGGCUAGUACAACGAAUGCUGUUGGUGGAAACACUGGACAACGGUGGCUACAAUCCUUGUUUUCGUGGACCAACGAGGACGAAUCGUUACAAAAUUCCGAGGACGUCAGCGGCAUUCACAGCCGUUCACGUCGCGACGCUCCUAUUCAAACGGAACAAUCGUCCCGUCUCUGGACGAGCCACAAGGCGGACUAUGAUUACCAGGGACGUGUGGAUUCUUACGUGCCUCAUCGCCGUUUGGAGGAUCCACCGACACCGGUCUUGUACGGCCGUCAGUGUUUGUGCUCCCCGCUCCCCGACACCUACUGCCCCAUCGGGGCGCACCACUGCAAGAUUGCCUUUACCGACGCCUCGGCUCGCCGGGAUAUCUUCGAAAUAUCUUGCGCCGCCGAUAGCAAAGACUCCUUUGUUCGCUUCGUUGUGCCCCUCAUGUUUUUCUUCUGGUUCCUCGUACUCUGUAGCUGCGUCUACUCGCCCAAGGGUGCCUACGCACGAGGAUACCUCCAGCGCGUUGUCUUUUGCUGGCAGACACCCCGGUACGAACAAGCCCUGCAGGAAAAUCUGGAUCGCAUCGUACGACGCAAUCGCCAACGCCGCGAAGCACAGGCCCGGAUUCGAAGGCGGACGGUCGCGAGCCACCGUGUGGUUCUGGGACGCGAUCGCCCUCCCGGCACGGACUCCUUAUACCCACCGCAGUUGGAUCACAGCCGUCCCGGUCGUCGUGUCGGUAGCCCUGUUGUUACCCACACUACGGAUCCACCGACGGAACUUCCACCCGCAGACGUGGAUUGGACGGCUCAAGCCGGUAUGGAACUGGUCCAACGGUCCGUGGUGGUCUUACGCACCCGGCGGUACCGGGAUCGACCGACGGUCCACCAGUCCAGUGACCAUGCCGACGCGGCGCAGCAGGAAACGGCACCGCACGAUGACGUGUGUGCCAUUUGUCUCAACGCCUUUGCCGACGCCGAUCGUGUGGGUGACUUGCAGUGCCAACACGUCUUUCACGUCGACUGCCUCAAGUCGUGGAUUCAACAUAAAAAUCACUGUCCCUUGUGCAAGGCGGAUGAUCUCGCCACUCCUCCCGAAGCACCGCGUAGCAGUCCCAAUUUGGAACGGCCAUCGUCGUAA